AUGAAACGCACUGUACCUUCUCCGAAACGUCGGGGACUCUUCAAACAUGAGCCACGCCAACUCAAUCCUAAUAUAGCUGAAUUGUAUCCAGAGGUUCUCAACAUCAGUCCUGCCACUGCCAAAUCAGUGAUCGCAAAGAUCAACUCCGAGCACGCAGAUAGACACUUGGAUUUCCAAAACGCCGGUGACCAACUCGAGCUUCUGAGGCUUGAGAUCUUGCGUCUCAAGAUGAUGGAGUCCAUGGAUCCCAAGUAUCAUCCACCUAAUGAGGUAUCACCCCGACACGCGACUCCCAUCUCAACUCAAAGCUUGGGAGAACCUGGUCCCACCGUCCCAAACUCGAUGCGAACCUCCAUUCGACCCCGUACCGCAGUCCUGAGCGAAAGUGAGAUCAGUGUUCUCGAUCUCGGUCCCAGUCUUCACUCUCCCCAUCUUUCAGCUCGAGUCUCUCGCCGCAACUCUCACUCUGCAAAUGCUCAUCACGGACUACGCCUCGCCCAUACCACUGCUCCCAACUUUAUGCUGGGGCCUGGUAGCGACACUUCAGAUAAGCCAGCUGACCACCGCCUCCAGACAGAUGACCUCGAGUCCGUCGCCCUCACUUCUGUCAGUGGCUCCAUCAACAACGAAUUCCCUUUCAACUUACGUCAACGCCGCCAGAACCUAGCUAACAUCACACUUCCUGGCCCUCAUGAGUUUCAAAGUUAUCGCGUGAACCGUUCGUCUACCAUCAGCGAAGCUACUCAGGGUCUGAGAGAUCGAUCCAGCUUUGACAAUAGCCCUACUUUCUUUCCAGAUGAGUCCAGUCGCCGGAUUCACUCUCUAUCUGUCCCACAAUCUCCACAAUCUCCGCCCCUGCCGCCCCUGCCAUCUCUACGACGUGCUCAGAGCUCAUUUAACGGAAUGGAGCCGGCAUUUUCAGCGAUGCGCAUUGCGGAGCGGGUGAAACGAAACGGACGCGACGCUGCAAGCUCUCAGGAUGCCGAUCGGAAGUGA